CCUGCGCAAAACACUUUCUGGUGAGCAAAGGUGAUUAGAGAGCUAGACCAAGCAAUAGGAAAAUAACUGCAAAUUAUGGCUGGCAAUGGAGGAAACGCAGAGACUCCCCAGCUGAACCCAGUGAUGGAGCCCCUGUCCUGGAUGCUGGGCACCUGGCUCUCAGACCCACCAGGAGAUGGCACCUUCCCUACAAUGAAACCCUUCCAAUACCUGGAAGAAGUGCACAUCUCUCAUGUGGGGCAGCCCAUGCUCAACUUCUCGUUCAACGCCUUCCAUCUGGACACCAGGAAGCCCAUGCACCGAGAAUGUGGAUUUAUCCGCCUCAAACCUGACACUAAUAAGGUGGCCUUCAUCAGUGCCCAGAACACAGGUCUGGUGGAGGUGGAGGAAGGAGAGGUGAAUGGACAAGAGCUGUCUAUAGCUUCUCACUCCAUAGCCAGGAUUUCCUUUGCCAAGAAACCCCACGUAGAGCAGAUUACCAGAAAAUUCAGGCUCAAUUCUGAUGGGAAACUUGAACAAACUGUCUCAAUGGCAACCACUACGCAGCCCAUGACUCAGCACCUCCACAUUACCUACAAAAAGGUGAUGCCCUGAUGCCGGGAGGGCCGGGUCUCCCUGCCGAAGGCAAAGACCUGGGCGUCAUGCACCGAGAGCAGUGGUAGCUCAGGAGCACGGCAUCGUGGACCCCGGAACUGGCUGCCUGCGCUUGCCCCCAGGGCUGCGGAGCUGCCCGUCCUGUUGAGAAUGUUACUCAUGUUUCAGUAAUGGUAUAUUAAAAAAAAAUAAAAAUAAAAAGCUUUUAUUUUUA